GGCGCGGGGCGGGCGGGCCGGGCCCCGCCACCCGCCGCGCUACCGGGACGGGCCGGUCGGUCCCGGACAGGCCUGAACCCCAGGACUGGCCUGGGACACGGAGCUUCCCCCUCUUCCCACCUGCAAGAUACAGCACAAGGUGCCAAAUGACAUGAGUAAUUGUGGAGCUCAAAUGACUCAUUAGUGACAAUCGCUGCUGAUUUAUUUCUUGCUUUAAUAAAGCUCCCAGGUUUUUUUUCCCUGCUUUUCCUGUGGAACAGAGAGGCUGAGCAAGUGCCAGCAUGGCAGAAAAAGUGAACAACUUCCCUCCCCUGCCGCAUUUCAUCCCCUUGAAGCCAUGUUUCUACCAGGACUUUGAUGCAGAGAUCCCCCCACAGCACCGCACCAUGGCCAAGCGGCUCUACUACCUCUGGAUGUUGAACAGCAUCACCUUGGCAGUGAAUCUCGUUGGCUGCCUCGCAUGGUUGAUUGGAGGCGGCGGAGCUGUUAAUCUUGGACUGGCAAUUCUCUGGCUCAUUCUCUUUACACCCUGCUCCUAUGUCUGCUGGUUUAGACCUAUUUACAAAGCUUUCAAGACAGACAGUUCCUUCAGCUUCAUGGCCUUCUUCUUCACCUUCAUGGCCCAGCUGGUGAUCAGCAUUAUCCAGGCAGUGGGGAUCCCUGGCUGGGGUGUCUGCGGCUGGAUUGCAGCCAUCUCCUUCUUUGGGACCAACGUGGGGUCAGCUGUGGUGAUGCUGAUCCCCACCAUCCUCUUCACAGGGAUGGCAAUCUUCUCCUUCAUCGCCCUCACCAUGGUGCAUAAAUUCUACCGAGGGAGCGGGGGGAGCUUCAGCAAAGCCCAGGAGGAGUGGACCACGGGGGCUUGGAAGAACCCCCACGUGCAGCAGGCGGCCCAGAACGCGGCGAUGGGGGCAGCACAGGGGGCCAUGAUGCAGCACGAGAGCCAGUACUCAGCCACCCCCAACUACACCUACUCCAACGAGAUGUGAGCAGCAGGACCCCGGCCUGGGGCGAGAAGAUCAUGGUGGGGAGGGUGGAGGGAAGUUCAGGCAGGAGGAGGAGGAGUAGGGCUGAGUGUCCUGCAGCUCCUUCAGCAAGUCGGAGCGUCCCGCAACAGUUCUUUUCUCUUUGUAAAGAGAUCCAGUUGGGGUUUUUCUUUCUUUUCUUGUUAUUGUCUCAAGCUCUUCCUUUUCUCCUCCUUUUUGGUUUGGAAGAGGCCGUUGAGUUGACCCACCCUCUUGUGUGUGGUAGUCAAGUGUAUGUUCACCUGUCUUCUCUCUCUGUGAAACAGUGUAUACACAGUGGUGGUUUUCUAAUUCCCGUGGUGAUGAUAGGUGUUAGAUCAGCCCCCUCCCUUUCAUCCCCCCCUUCCUGAAAAGGGAAAACAAAACAGCAACCCAUCUCCCCUCUUGCUGGAAGCCAAGAGAUCCCUCAUCUCCACCCUGGCUCAGGAUCUACAACUUCUCUCAGUGUGUGGUGGUGGGAGCAGCUGGAAGCUCUGGGGAGCAGGGAGGGUUUUCCCCUGGCAGGAUGUGACCCUCCUGUGCCACAUUCUGCAUCCCCAGGCCGUGGUUUGGUUUGAUUUUUUUUCUUCUCUUUCGAAAAGCAGCCCUAAGAUGGGCAGAGUGUUGCUCAAGAGGAGCUAUUCUUGGGUGAGGCUGCUGGUCAAACCUUGUCACCCCGUGGUCGAACCCAACCCAACUGGCCGUUUUGGAGGUGGGCAUUAAUUGAAGGCUUGGUAGGAAACCUCCAGGCUGGUGGGAAGGAUCUCCUCUUUGCCUGUGUUUCUCAACUCUGGCCGUGUCUUUUCCUGGUGCAGAAAUUCCUUCUGAGAGCCCCAAAUCCCUGCCCAGCUUGGGGAGGUUGGGCUUCCAAUAACCCAGCUGGUAGAGCCUGGAAAAGAUGGGCUGGGAAAUGGGAACUGCUGGAUGCUGUGGGGCAGGAGGAGGGAAAGCUCCUUCUCAAGAGAUGCUUUUCAGACUCCACCUGCCCUUUCAAUAUGCCAAAUUGAUCCCCAAGUCCUAGAAAAGCAGCUCAAAUGGGAUCUGAUCCAACCAGAUGUUGGUUGUGGGUGACAAGCUGAGCCACCCAGAGCUGUGUGGGUCCCCAGCCCCUCACUGCUGCCCCAUCCAGCUCUCAGGAGGGAGGUUGUCCCUGACUCCUGCCCACAAGAAUCCCCCCCCAAAAGAGCAAAUUCUCCUUUCCAGCAAAGCCCACCCAGAAUAGUUUCCUUUGUCAGGGGAGCACUUUGCUCAUUCUGCAACAGGCAGAAUGAUUGACUGGACAGGAAUCCUGAUCAAGCCCCUGUCUGUGUGUUGUAUAAAGAUGUAUAAAAUGUAAGGAGAAAAGUCA